UUGCAAAAACAAGAAGUAAACACCAAUUUCCUAGUUUUGCAUAUAGUUCCUUAUACACACGACGUGAUACAAAGCUUGCAACAUGAAUACAAUAAGAGUAGAAACCUCUAAUCCUUCGUUAAAGCUGCUAAGCUGCCGAGCUUGCUUAGCUACCGAUAUUAAAUUGUUUAAUAUAUACGAAAACAAACUCGCAGAAGCUUUUGCUCAUAUCACAGGGAGUCCCGUGCUGCUAUCAGACGGGUUGCCGCAGCACCUGUGCUGCUACUGCCGCAGCGCUCUGCUCAAAUGCAGAGUGUUCAGGGCACGGAGCCUCCGCGCACAGCAGUGCCUCAGGGCAUUACCUUUGCAAAUUGAGCUAACCACAGACUAUAUCAGAACCAUAGACCGCCACUCUCACCAGCUCAUCUACUUAACACAAACAAGAGUCGAGACCACAGACUAUAGAGACAGCCUUGAAGUGAAUGUAAAAAAAGAAGAGUCAGACAUAGACAAUUUCAUCCCAGAGUCUGACGAUUUGAAAAUAGAAUAUGAAAUCAAAGACAAAAUAGAUGAAGGCACAGACAAUGGGGAUUUCAGUGAUGAUAACACAGAACAGAUAUUUGUUGCCACCAAUCCGGUGAGAGAUGUAAAAGUUAGAAAGGGAAGGAAGAAAAAAACAAGAACAGAAGAGAAGAGAGUUAAGAAGAAGAUAAAGAAGAGGACGUCAGAUAAUGAUUAUUUGCCGGAUUUCGAUUUUGCCAAGUUUGAAAGUAGUUAUAGUGUUGAAAUUAUUGCUUUGACUAAGGAACAGCAACUGGAGGAGAUUCGGGCGCGCAAGCAGAGCGCCAACUACCAGUACGCGGCGUACAAGUGCGAGGAGUGCGGGAAGGGGUUCAUGGCCAACGAUGCCUACAACAACCACAAAAUACGACACAACCCGAGCAUGGGCGCGCACUCGUGCGAGAUCUGCCUGGUGCGGUUCAAGCGCCAGUCUCGCCGGCAGGAGCACCAGGACCUGCACCGGCUCAAGUUUCUGUGCAAGGAGUGCAACUUCGUAUCCAGGAACAGGUAUCAAGCGAAGAAGCAUUUUGAGUGGCACUCUGGCAAGAUCCACGUCUGCAAACACUGCGGGGCUAGCUUUACCAAGAGUUCAACAUACUUGUCGCACGUGCGUCUCCAGCACCCUGCGAUGAAUGUGGCAUGCGACGUGUGCGGCGAGACGUUCGUGGGACGACUGGGACUGUUGCAACACAAGUCACGAGCACACCAGGUAGGGUCGCCAUGUGAGGGAGUUAGCUCGACAUACGUGCGUCUACAGCAUCCUGCGAUGAAUGUGGCAUGCGACGUGUGCGGCGAGACGUUCGUGGGACGACUGGGACUGUUGCAACACAAGUCACGAGCACACCAGGUAGGGUCGCCAUGUGAGGGAGUUAGCUCGACAUACGUGCGUCUACAGCAUCCUGCGAUGAAUGUGGCAUGCGACGUGUGCGGCGAGACGUUCGUGGGACGACUGGGACUAUUACAACACAAGUCACGAGCACACCAGGUAGGGUCGCCAUGUGAGGGAGUUAGCUCGACACUCUUGUCGCACGUGCGUCUCCAGCAUCCCACGAUGAAUGUGGCAUGCGACGUGUGCGACGAGACGUUCGUGGGCCGACUGGGACUGUUGCAACACAAGUCACGAGCACACCAGGUAGGGUCGCCAUGCGAGGGAGUUAGCUCGACACACUUGUCGCACGUGCGUCUCCAGCAUCCUGCGAUGAAUGUGGCAUGCGACGUGUGCGGCAAGACGUUUGUGGGCCGACUGGGACUGUUGCAACACAAGUCACGAGCACACCAGGUAGGGUCGCCAUGUGAGGGAGUUAGCUCGACACACGUGCGUCUACAGCAUCCCGCGAUGAAUGUGGCAUGCGACGUGUGCGGCGAGACGUUCACACAAAUGACAGUGGUGAAAGCGGAGUCUCGCUGCGCGGAGUGCGGCGCGCAGUUCGCGAGCACGGAUGCGUUGACCAGACACACCCCCUGCGACCCACAUGCCAAGCCCUGUCUGGUGUGUGGCGAGACGUUAUCGACAGACGCAGAAUUACAAGCGCAUGCCGAGGAACGCCACAGCACAGACCAAUUCAAAUGUGUACAGUGUGACAAAACAUUCGCCAGCUCUAAAUCGUACGAGGUGCACCACCAGCGCGUGCACCUGAACGUGCGCUGGCGCAAGUCGCGCGAGCAGCGCGCGCGGCGCACUCACAGCGACCCGCCCAAGCGCAAGGAGGCCAUGUGCGAGGUCUGCGGGAAGGCGUGCGAGUCGAACGCAGCGCUUGUUUACCACCAGCGCUCGCACACGGGCGAGCGGCCCUACAAGUGCGCGCAGUGCCCAAAGUCCUUCACAAUGCCGCAGGCCCUCAUAAAUCACCAGCUGGUCCACUCGGACGAGCGGCCGUACCCGUGCUCCGCGUGCCCGAAGGCCUUCAAGCAGAAAGUGGCGCUACAACUGCACAGCCGGGUCCACACCGGCGAACGUCCAUACAAAUGUGCGCUGUGCGACAGUUCGUUCAAACAGGGCCCUCACCUCCGUACUCACGUGAAGCUGAUGCACCACGCGCCCGACCGCCGGCCGCGGCGCAAGCUCUAGCACGACGGCCG